GUGGUUAAAUAGCUGAGUCAGCCUGGAGCCAGAAGUCUGCCAGAAGUUAAGGACCGACUCUUUGACCUCCCUCCCCCUCUCCGUGCUCCUGUCCGAACGUGCGGGCCGACCUUCCCCCCUGGCUGAUCAACAUGACAAAGCACUGGCCGGAGCAGAACCUCUUGGCGCUACCCUCUCUGUCCCACCUUGGAGAGCACCGCGACCAUCAACUUGACUUCCACAGAAAUGCGCAGCAGAGUUUUCCGUCUCGCGGUGUAGUGCGGAACACUCCAGUCCAACACUGGUCUCGGCACCCGGCUCAGAUGGUUCCUCAGCAGCCAACGCGUCUGGAGAAGCCCGCAGCGCGCCCCGAACACCUCACCAGUGCCACGGCAUUCAUGGAUAAAUCCAUACCACCGGGCUCAUCAUACCCGAAUCCUCAAGAUGCCCACUUCAAACAGGAAACUAUCACUCCGGACUCGUGGAGCAGUGAACGGGAGAAAAUCAGCGGCGGCGGUGGGAAGAAAAGGAACUAUCAGCGGUAUCCAAAACCACCGUACUCAUACCUCGCUAUGAUUGCUAUGGUCAUUCAGAGGUCCCCAGAAAAGAAACUGACGUUAUCUGAGAUUCUCAAGGAGAUCAGCACUCUCUUCCCAUUCUUCAAAGGAAACUACAAGGGCUGGAGGGAUUCUGUGCGACACAACCUCUCCUCUUAUGACUGCUUUGUGAAGGUGCUGAAGGAUCCCGGUAAGCCUCAGGGCAAAGGCAACUUCUGGGCAGUGGAGGUGAGCCGUGUUCCUCUGGAGCUCCUCAAGAGGCAAAACACAGCUGUGUCGCGCCAGGAUGAGACAAUCUUUGCCCAGGAUCUGGCCCCCUACAUCCUACAGGGACACAAGCCAGAAUCGGAGCCACCCCCUGCCCCCGUCACCCCCCUCCCUCCUAUGCGCACCAGAAACACCUCCCCGCCGCAAGAGGAUUUGUUCCGACCCAAGCUGGACUCAUCCUUUGCCAUCGACUCUCUACUGCACAGCCUGCGGCCACCUAGCGCCUCUGGGGAUGUGGACAUGUCUACGAGGGACUGCUGGGGCAAGGUGGAGCGUCCUCGGUCUUCACCACCUCCAAGACCUCGCUACGCCUCCUCUGCUCGCAGUGCCUCGGCCAGCUCCGCCAGCCCGGCCUCCACCUCCUCUGAUGAGGAAUGGAAAGGCAUGCCCCUGUCUGGGAAGCGUGUUCCUCUUGAUAGCGAAGCUGGGUCAGAUAGUUACAAGGACUACAGACCGCCACUGCACAAAUCAGCCCGACGAGAGGCCGUUGCACCCCCAUGGGAGCUCCCUACAUCCUACGCCAAAUACGCCCCCCCGAAUGCUGUCGCCCCACCCAGCAUGCGGUUCAGCGGAGGUCCCCUGGUGCCCCUGCAUGGCGGACUUCCUCUUUACAGCUACAGUAGCUCUCCCGUGGCGCCUGGUCACUUCUUAAGUCAUGCCUAUUGGCCCAUUCUCCCCAGUGGACGAGUUUCUGUCCAAGCCCCUCCCCUCAUCAUGGACCUAGACAACAUGUUGCAAUCAGUGCCUCCCAAUAAGACUGUGUUUGAUGUGCUAGUACCAACCAAUCAGAACUCUCACCCACAUCCUCAGCCACCCGCUCAGUACACCCUGCAGAACGGGCCUCCCCGAAACAGGUACCCUCAGUACUGA